GUCUGACGAAUAUCAUGAUAAUGCACGACAAGUGGAAUUACCUUGAUUGACUCGGCAUUUGCCACGAAAGAAAACUCCUUCAUAAUUACCCCCGAUCUCUAUGUAAGUGCUCAUCUGUACUUGGUCUCUAUGAACCUUAAAGAAUAUCAUGCGCAAGACUCAGACCCUUCAUUAGUGUCCAUCGCGUGCAGGCUGGCUCACAAGAGGCUCCACCUGGUGCCUCGUCCUUUGCCCCAAUGGUAGACACAGACCCCAGGGUUGACAAGAUGUCGGUCCUACAGCAGGUGCUCACGGACGCCCGCAAGUUGGCCACCCGCCUCCGAGACCAUGACUCCUCCUCCGACGCCCUGCUCUCCCAGACACAGGGCAUGUUCAAGCAGGUGGAGAGCAUGAAGGAGUAUUGUGAGGAGAUGAACGAACUGAAUGAGGCAGCUAACAACCGACCUCGAAGCGCCCUCAUACACUCGAUCCAGCAGGAGAACAGACACAUCAGACAACUGCAGCAGGAAAACAAAGAACUCCGGCUUGCCCUUGAAGAACAUCAGAACGUCAUGGAACUGAUAAUGUCGAAGUACAGGCAACAGGUAGCUAAGCUAGUGAGUGUCAACAAGAAGCAAAUGCAGCCCAAUACCCAGGACCAAGCCAAGCUGGCAGCACAGAUUGAACGGGUCAGCGAGAUGGUUGCAGUGAUGAGGAAGGCUGCCUCACUGGGCGAUGAUGAGUGCCAACAACAGCAGAGAUUAAUUUCAGCCCUGGCAACAGAAAACAAGGGUUUACGAGAGAUGCUCAGCAUAGCUAACCGGUCAGGAUCUAUCCAGCCAGCCACCACAGCUGUCGAUGCUGAGACACAAACAGACCACGAUUUGUUGAACCCCUACGCAAGCAGACUCCUCAAACUUAAAUACCACCCAAAUUGAGCAGAAAUCAGCGGAAACAGAAGGGACUUCAGCAUCGUGAUAAAGCCCCAAGGCCUCAUUAGAUCAUAGUCUUGCCUUCCUUCCUCUGUUCUCAAAGUUCAGAAGAGAAAAUAAAAAGGAAAUGGAUAAGAAGUGUUGUGGUUCUGUAUUUGGUGUAUAUUCGGGAGGGAUAACAGAGUUACUGGUGAGAAGAGUUGAGUCCGGUAAGCAGAAUAACUACUUACAUGAUGAUUAAUGGGUUAUUAAAGAACCCGGUUUGGCUGGUGGCCCCCAAAUGACAGCCAUAUUCGCUUGUGCUGAUCCAAGUUGUCGGGUGGAUUUGUGUGGCGUGUUGAUGCAAGUGAUUUAAUUUAGUGACAGUCUGACAAAAAUGCAAGGUGAGACAGAUGAUAAUUUAAAGGUAUGCAUUUUUUUCUAUUGCCUGUGAAAAGUGGCUCAUAAAGUAUGUAAAUUAAAAAGGGGAAUUGAUUUUGGGUUUUGUAAGAAAAAAUGAAAAUAAAGGAUAGUUCUUACAAGGAUAGAUCCCCAGACAAAAGUUAAUUACAAAACUGGUUAUUAUUAUUGAGUGUAUUAUAGCAAAAGGCUAUGCAUUACAACAUUAAAUAGGAAAAUGAAAAAGAUUAUUGUAGUGGGAUCAAACAGAUUUUCUUACAUGAUUAAUAGUUACCUGUGAGAUAAUUCACCAUCAAGAUUUGCAGCUUCCUGUCUAUUAAGAUCAUCUGAUACUAGAUGUGAUUUAUGAGGGUCAGCAACCUCAUUUUAGUCUUAUGGCUAUCUUUUGUAUCCCAUAUCAGUGUCCUCACAAGUCUGAUCUUACAAAACACCUUUCAGUAGUAGAUAUUUAUCAACCAUACUUUUAGGAUUUUCAGUGUUAUUUAAGUGUAGAUGAGAACGAAUGUAUGGUAUAUGAAGCCAAAUGAUAUAUUUAUUAUUGAUAGGCUUUUAAUGUUUUAGGUCAUUAUACUUUUGACACUUUAAUAGUGAGAUCAGGGAAUCUAUGCAUAGGAUGCUUUAUUAUCUUCAGCAACAGAAACCUGAAAAUUUCUUACUCUAGGGUAAACUGAGACAAUACUCUAUUAAAGAAAAAGAAGAGUGAGAAAUGAAAUAUAAAUGACAAAAUUUACAGAGUACUGUCUAGUAAAAAUUAGCAAGAGAUGUUCAAUAUUCUACAGUUUCUGAGUCAAGUUCCCAAGGGCCAGAUUUGGUUGCAAAGUUCUGGAGAUAUCAUACAACUCUUAUCGUUAUUAUGCAACAUGAUAUUUUGUAUUGUCUCUUCUUUGAUGUACCGUUUGCGGCAGGUUCUUAUCAUGUUCUUUAAUUUAUUGAUGAUAUUGUAUACUAGUAGAACUGGUCAGUUUAUCAGCUAGGUUAUGUUCAUGGAUAAUAUAGUUGGCUAGUUUAUCCCCUAACAGGAAAGGGCAAAUUGCUGGAAUAAACUCGUGAUCACUGAUUUUAACAAUCUAUUACAGGAUGUUAAAGGAAUUUUAAAGAUUUAUUUUAACACCGUAGGUAGGUUUCCCAUUUUUUUGUUAAUAUGCAGUAUUAACUUUUGUGAAUGUAGCUGACGGUAAUUUUUUAUCAUCAUUAUUACAAUUGUCAUUUGUGAUCAUUAUUUUCUUAUUUUGAUUUAUUUUUGUUCUCCUUGUAAACUUGAGUUCAUGUUGGAGUAUAGGUGCUGCAUUGGUGUUGCAGUUCUCCUUAACCCAUUCAUAAAGAAAAAGGAAAAUUGCCAACAGCAUUAGCAGUCUUGAGCAGCCCAGAAUAAGUCCUGCUGAGAAGAGAGGAAGGAGACUCAGCAGAGAGUAACCCCCUUUUUAACAGCGGCAAUUAAUCCCUUAAUACGUGUUCCUAAUUGUCUCAUAGUCCCUAUAAGCUUCUUUCUCAUGUAGCUGUGAAGGGUGUCUCUCAGGAGUCUCAGUGGUUACUUACACAGAAAAAAAAAGAGAGAUGAAAAAAGGAGUGUAAGAGAGAAGGAAAUAGAAAUUAACCAGUUGACUUUCCACUUGUGAUUCAUUAUGCUUUUGACAAGUGAAGAGAUUGGAAAUAAAAAGAUGAAUGGAAGGACCAAGGUGGAAAGUGUCAUCUAUAGCCUGGAAUUCUGAGCCCUGCCAACAUCAUGACACAAUGAGGGUGAAGGGGCAUGACGGAAGGUCAAAAGAUUCAACUUUUACAGAAUAUAUGGUUGUUUCCAAACACCCAAGAUUUGGUUGCCAAUUCCCAGAAGUGAAAUACAGCUCACCCAUGCAGCAUCAACCUCCUCCGCAUAUGGUGAUGAAAAUACUCAUUCCAUAGCAUACAUGUCAGUAUCACGCAAAAAGACUUUCUGCCGUGGUCCCAGUGUGAGUCUUUGUACAGUUUUUAAUAAUUUUGGUCAAUGCAGUUGUUUUUUUAUAUUGUACUGUAAAGAGUUUUUUUUUUUGUGUGUGUCACACUAAUGCCAGAUGUAAUGUAUAUUUUAUUGUAUUAUUUUUUUUUUCUAAGAAUGUUUUUCUUCAUCUUUUUGUCUUUGAUUUUCAUGUUCUUCUUUUUCCUUUUUUAUUUUGCCAGAAAUCCAAAACUAAGUAAUAUCAAACCAUUUUACAAUA